AUGCAGAACAGAACCUGUCUAGUUCUCUGUGUCUUUGCCCUCCUGUUGGGCUUCCUGAUGAUCUGCCUGGGGGCCUUCUUCAUUUCCUCAGCCUCUCUGUUCAACUGCCAGGGGAACUUGACCCUGGCCUAUUUGCUUCUGCCUCUGGGGUUUGUGAUCCUUCUGAGUGGAAUUUUCUGGAGCACCUACCACCAGGCCAGUGAAAGCAAAGGGGUUUUCAACCGUGUGCUCAGACAGUAUGGUGCUCAGGGGGCCCUGCCCCUGGCCACAGUGGACAGACCAGGUUUUUACCCUCCAGCUUACGAAGAGAGUCUUGCUGCUGACAAGCAAGCCUGUCACACAGAGCAAGAGAUCUCGGGUGCUCCUCCACCUCUGUACACAGAGAUGGGCCUUGAAUUUCAGGGUGAAGAUGAGGCCCACCCAGAGGACCCACCACCCUAUGACGAGUCUGCGGCAGAUGGGGUGGCAGCAGCAAGGCCGUGGCAGGAUGCUCAGAGGCAAAGCCAAGAGUGCUGA